CACUUCGAGCUCCUCACGACUGUGCAUGGUCUGCGCCUGUGGACUGGAAAUCCUUCUACUUACUGCAGUGCUGCCUCUACUUACUACUUACUGUACAUGCCUCCCCUCCCCCCAUGCUGUGUUGCGGACAAUUAAAUCCAUGUCCGUUUCUUUCGUCUGUCGAACUCUCGCAGGCAAGCCUGUGCCCUUGUCUUUAUGGUCAUGGCUCCAUGAUAUCACCAUUGCGAUCUAUCGUAGCAAGCCAUGCCAUACAGAGAGUUACAGCCUUCUGGACGUUUUGUACCCCUUCCGGCUCCUCUAUCUGCAUGUUCUGACGGGCCAAAUUCUCAUUUUCAGUCUGCUAAAGGUUAUACAGGGCAAAUCACCAAUAUCGCUCUCACCUGUGGACUCAACAUGAAUUAUAAAACUAUGCUCUAUCACAGAUGAUGCUACGUGCGCUCCACGACGCUCCCCCCUCCGCCAUUUUGAAGCCUUUCGAGUUGGGUGGAUAAUAAUAUAAGCUGUCACCGUUGUUCUCCUGCCUCCCCUUCGGUCCUAAACCACAUUCCUUGACAAGGUGGAUCCGUGGCUGUAAUCAAGCAUUGUGGCGUCCCUGCCAGACCGAUAGGCAGGAGGUCCGCUGUUGGAGAUUAGAUGAAUCAAGGGCCAGGCUGUAUCCAUCAAGAAGAUUAUGACAUGUUGCCAAAAUUGCAACGUGGAACACUGCAGGGGGCGGUGCCGCUGCCGCACUUGCUCGAGAAAGUGCUCAUCUACUCCCCUUAUCAUGAUUCGUCUCGUCACAUGCGGGCGCAUGGAAAGACACCGCCAUGUUGAUCUCCGGCCAGACAGAUUUUGCAGAUUACAACUUCCUUGAAGGGUCUUCUGUGUCUCGGAUGCCAAAACUUCCAGCUCAGGACAUGCCGAAGCAAAACUGCCUUGUCGCACCAGAAUCGUCAUCGUGAGCGUGAGUCGUUUGAGGCGAAUUCUCCGCUGGAGUGUUGUGUGACUGGGCAAAAAACAGGUUGGACACGACAUCGAAGGCUCGAUCAGCGCCGAUCUUGUCCCACACUAUAAUUCGGCCUGUCGACUAUCUCUAGUGUCUGGAGGACACGGAGCACAGCCUUCUUGAACGAACAUUCUGGAUCUUUGCCUUUGGCGAUCUUGUCUCGACCUAAUCAGCGAACUAGCAAAGUCAGCCUAUCCAGUCUGUAGGACAUCGAUGGAGAUCACAUUUCAUGUCAUCCUGGUGGCCUGCUCCCCUGCAGUGUGUGUUCGGUGCACAACAACAGGAAGCUCUUGCUGGUGCCGGCCCCUAACGCCUCGCCACAUCUCGUGCGAUGCUCCCAAUGCCCACUGCAGCCAUCACAUUGGCAUAUCAAACUACGUUGUAAAACAACAUUUUGCCACAGCUUUCUUUCUCCAGCAUAUAUUUGGCGAAAUCUUGUUUCAAAGAGCUAGGAGCUACGGCACCGGUGUCUUCCAAUGCCGCUCUAAUGCAGGUACGCAAGACAUUCCCGUGGUCCAUUCCUGCAUACUGCACAUCAGCAGGAUAAGUAUAGCACCUCCCAUGCAUUCGUUUCGUCACUAUUCAGCCAAUCAUCUUCCGCCGCUCUUCACUUCAUUUGACUGUGGGAACCUGGGGUUCUGGGGAAAUAUGGGAACGUCGUAGCCCGACCGUGGUGCCCAGACUGUCACCGCGACGAUCGCAAGGGCGUGAAAUCCAUCCGGUUUUCUUUGGCUUUGCACUCGACUCUGCAAUUGUUGCGAGCGGCAAUGAAGGCAGCGGCCCUCUCGGUUCCCCUGUUCCUCGUGCCAUCUUCGGAGCGGUCUUUGGACCGAUCAAACGUAGAAGUAUAUGUGGAUCCUUAGUUGUGACCGCCAUAGCUCUUCCGCUCAAACAACCGGGAAUUCAAGGACGGUAUGCUGAGCGAUUAGAAGGCAAGAAUUGGUCUGUGAGGUCUUGCCUCCAUUAAAUUGUCCGUUCACUCUAUCCUAUACAUUAUUAGAAAGAAGGAGUGAAUCCACGUUCAGUUUCCAUAUUCUUGUAUAUAGCUAAUAUAGUGGGGAUAUAUAUACGAUUAUUACACCUAAUAAGCCAAUUUGUUAUAUACCCG